AUGGUGGACGCCCUGCUGUGCGGGCUCCUGCCCUGCCUCGUCCUUGCAAUCAUGCUCCUCCUGUUUUUACUGGAGAGGCGAUGGGAGGAGGAACGAGCAGCGGGCAACGUGUCGAAGAGGCGGCGUGGCCGUGAGGGCGCGACCCAGCAGGGCCAGCCAGGAGCGGAGCAGCCGCGGGGAGACGACUGGGAGGGCCGGCGGGUGGGCGACUUCGUGCUGGGCCGGGGCAUCAUCGCCAAGGGCCUCUACGGCCACGUGCGCGAGGGCUACCACGUCGCCACGGGCACCAAGGUGGCGGUCAAGGUGGUCGAGAAGGCCCGCGUGCCGGGCCGCCAGUACGAAGAGAUCGCGCUCAUGCGCCGCACCAGCCAUCGCAACCUGGUUCAACUGCUCGACGUGAUCGAGACGAAGGACACGGCGUUCCUGGUGCUCGAGUUCCUCGGCGGCGGAGAGCUGUUCCACUACAUGCACGACAAGCACCGCCUCUCAGAGGACGAGGCGAGGCGCUGUUGGCGGCAGAUCGUGUGCGCGGUGGCCUAUCUUCACUGCUCCGGCAUCGCCCAUCGUGAUCUCAAGUUGGAGAACGUGAUGUUUGCGACGCCGGGCGGGCGCAAGGUGAAGGUGAUCGACCUGGGCCUCAGCUGCUCCGUCUGGCCCGGCCGACUGCUCACCUCCUAUUGUGGCUCUGUCGAGUACGCCGCCCCCGAAGUGCUCCUCCGCCAGCCGCACGAUGGCCGCGGGGUGGACGUGUGGGCGCUGGGGGUGAUCCUCUACACGCUCGUGGUGGGGUUCCGGCCGUUCCUGGACCGCAAGGCCGCCCUGCAGGGCGACUACAUCUCGCUGGACGAGGUGGCCCAGUCCCCCGACGGCGUCGACACGACCCCUGAGUUCAGGGAUCUGCUGCAGCAAAUCUUCCAGAUGGACCCGCGCCAGCGCAUUUCCAUCCAUGGCAUCAUGGCACACCCUUGGACCGGCUUUUGA